UGAGGCGCGGGGCCGGCCGGAAGCUGGCAUUGGCGGUGCAGCAGGGCGCGUGCAGCAGGAUGGCAAAACAGAAAAGAAAAGGUCCCGAAGUGACAGCGAAAAAGAGCAAAAAAGUAAAGAAGGCGUCUGCAGAAGAGAGACCUCAGGCACUUGAAACCACAGCAGACAACGAAGAAGCCAGCCCCAAGGGAGAGGCAGCAAGUAGGGUACAGGCCCCAGGCCCCGAGCUGUCACCAGAGGAAAGGAGGGUCCUGGAAAGGAAGCUGAAGAAAGAACGGAAAAAGGAAGAGAAGAAGCGACUGAGGGAGGCGGGCGCUGCCACAGCCCAGACCUCGCCAGCCAGGCGCUCAGGUGCAGAGCUGGCCCUGGACUACCUCCACGGGUGGGCCCAAAAGCAUAAGAAUUGGAAAUUCCAGAAGACGAGGCAGACGUGGCUCCUGCUGCACAUGUACGACAGCGACAAGGUUCCCRACGAGCACUUCUCCACCCUCCUGGCCUACCUGGAGGGGCUGAAGGGCAGGGCCCGGGAGCUGACGGUCCAGAAGGCGGAAGCCCUGAUUCAGGAGCUGGACGAGGCGGGCUCGGAGGCCGCCCUGCUGGAGAAGGCCCAGCGCCUCCGACAGGUGCUGCAGCUGCUGUCCUAGUGCAGGGAUGGAGUGGCACUCGGCUGCCCUGGGCUCUUCAAGACACAYUGAGGGUCUUCAUUGGUCCAAAAGGAGAGAAGAGGGUCAUGAGUAGGUYAAGCCACUUAGAGCUGGGCUUCUGGGCACCAGACCCUUGGAAGGACCUCUGGACCCUCCUUCUGAACUCCUGACCUGCCUUGACCAGGGACUGGUUUCAUGGGUGACCAGGUCUAUGUACCUUCAGAAAGCAUGAUCUCCCUGAAAAAACCCUGGGACACCAGCUCCAGCCCCAAGUGGCCCCAAAACCCAGAUAUCUUUUUCUACCAGGGGUAUCUUAAGAACUGGCCCUCCCCACCAGCUGUGCUUCCUCAGUGUUUGGGGUGUGGGUCCCCAAGUCGGUCCCUGCACCUUCCAUCUGACAGCCCUUCCAGCGUGGGCCUCGCCUCCUUGUGUGGCCUCCAGCCUGGCUUCAGGGAAACCCUUGGGGGCAGCUGUCCGGAGCCUGUGCCUGUGCUGCCCCAUUUUCAAUAAAACUCAGCCUGUCCUCA